UUAACUGGUGGUUGUGAAGUUGUGAACUGUGCUAGCAGCAUCUUAUUUGUGGUAGCAAGUUGAGAGAGACACAGAGAUGGGAGUUUCAGUUGCAGAGGUAGUUGGUGGUUGGAGGUUGUUGUGUCAAUCAGGGUGUUACCAGAAUCGGCGAAAGCUUAACCAGCCAAAGACGCCGUUGUUCCUGAAAAACGCAAUGCCAGUUCGUUUUACUUUAAAUUCAAGGACGAGGCAGACUUCUAUUAUUGCUCCUCGAGCUGAAGGCCGCCAAGCAGGAGAUCAAAACCCCGAAACAUCUUCUCAAGAGGACUUAUGGUAUGUGGGGAAACUGGUGGCGGGUUCAGUUGCCGGUGCGGCUGUAAUAAAGUAUGGCAGCGCUCUAUUUCCUGAGAUAACCACACCCAACAUAGUGUUGGCUCUCCUUAUCAUCACAGCUCCUGUGCUUCUUGCUGUUGUUCUUUUGAUCAAGGAGAGUCUCCUAAAGUCGUAACCAAAUUCAUUAUUCCUCGUAUGGUAAAAUCAUGGUAGGAUUAUUGCAUUGCUUCUCUUGUGCAAUGGAUGACGUAGGCAAGUAGAUAUUUGUAAGUUCGCUGUUGAAAACGAGCUCGAUACAAGUUACUUUACAAUUAACUAAACUUGUUUAGGAUUAGAAAUCUAUAAUUUAUUUGAUAAAAUGGGGUUUGUCAUCAAGAGAAAAACUUAAACCAGUUUUUGACAAUUACC